CCACUCAAGUGUCUGGGAUUAUUGGGAUUACUAAAAAGCUUGUUGAUAUGAGACUCAAGACUUACCUACACAAGGAGCCCAAACAUGCGGAGAUUGCCAGCGGCGUUACCUGGAGCACCACAGACGAGGUGCUGUCGUGCAGUGAUGAUCACAAAAUCCUGUCGUGGAACCUGGUUACCAAGGACAGCGCCAAACUCACAGACCUGCCCGAAGAUCUGUUCCCAACUUCGAUCCACACGCUCCCACGAAUCGCCGGCACUGGAGUGACGAGGAAAAGUCCCGGCGGUGGAGAUGUCAUACUAAUCACGACAAGUGAUGGAAAGCUCUGCCUCCUCUCGAAGAAUGGAAGAAUCGAAAAGGCGGUUGAAGCCCACAGGGGUGCUGUCCUCGCAGGGCAAUGGAGUCCUGACGCCACGGCUCUCGUGACCGCUGGUGAAGAUGGCCACGUGAAGAUCUGGUCGAGGAAUGGAAUGCUCCGAUCUACUCUAUCAACCAACUCUCAGCCCAUCUACUGCGUUGCCUGGGGCCCAAACUCCAACCAGGUUCUGUACAGCAUGGGCAUGCACCUGGUCAUCAAGCCCCUGCAGCCAAACUCCAAGCCAACCCAGUGGAAAAGCCACGACGGCUUGGUCCUUGCAGUCGCCUGGAACACAAACAACAAUCUAAUCCUCUCUGGCUCGGAAGACUGCAAGUAUAAGCUCUGGGACACAUUUGGGCACAUUCUGUAUUCGUGCCAUCCCAACGACUACCCUAUCACAUCCCUGGCAUGGACGCCGGAUGGCGAAUUGUUCGCUGUUGGCUCAUACAAUUCCCUAAGGCUCUGUGACAAAACUGGGUGGUCUUAUUCACUUGACAAGCCUCAAACACAAAGCAUAUAUUCACUAGAAUGGUCUAGUGACGGCACCCAAGUAGCAGGAGCUUGUGGAAAUGGCCAAGUUAUAUUUGCCCACAUCAUAGACAGACGUCUCGAAUGGAAAAACUUUGAAGUUUCAACGGUUGGAAGAAAAAUGAUAUCCGUGAAAAAUGUCACAACGGAUGCCACGGAAGCACUUGAUUUUCAGGACAGUAUCAUCAAGAUCUCUAUGAUGUACAGCCACCUCAUUGUUGUCACCUCCACUCAGUGCUACAUUUAUAGCACCAGAAACUGGAACACCCCCCAGGUGUUUGACUUGCGAGAAGGCAGCAUAUGUCUCGUAGUGCAGGCUGAGAGGUAUUUUCUCCUGGUGGAAAGCGCAGGUCUCUAUGUGUACACUUAUGACGGCAAGUUUGUGUGUUCUCCCAAAUGGGCGGGCAUGCGUCCCGACAUGCUCAACAGGUUCACGGUGGCCCUGAGCAACAGCAUUGUUGCGGUCCGAGACAAGGCCGACGAGAGAGUGGUGUACUUGUUCGACACCCAGACGGGAAAGCCGGCGGGUGACGGGAAACCUUACGUUCACAAGCUUGAAGUGACGGAGGUCGGCAUAGACCAGUGCGGGCCAUCCAUCCAGCGCAAGUUGGCUGUCCUCGACAAGAACAAGGACUUGUACCUCGUCAGUUUGCGCAAUGAAAAGCAUGUAGACAACGUAAAGCUUGGUGUCAUGAUUGGUUCCCUCUGCUGGAAUGACACUGCUAGCAUCCUUGCAGCACUGCAGGAAGGAAAACUUAUCAUCUGGAACCACCCUGCUGCUGCCUUUGUUGACCGCAGUCUCCUGCCACAAACCGUCACAGAGAGAGAGAUGAGCGACCUGAGCUACAACCCUCACAUUGUGAGCUUCCUUGGUUCCAACAUUUUGGUGCGGAGAACCGACGGAUCCUUGGUGUCCUUUGCCGUGCCCCCGUAUGCCUCCAUCCUCCAUGGUUAUGUCACGGCGUCGCGAUGGGACGAUGCUCUCCGCCUCUGCAGAUUUGUGAAGGUACCUUCACUGUGGGCCUGUCUAGCGGCCAUGUCACUGAGCGCAAGAGAGCUCACUACUGCCGAAGUUUCCUACGCCGCAAUUGAUGAAGUGGAUAAGGUGCUUUACAUUCAGUACAUCAAAGCGCAACCGCUGGAUGAGGUCCGAUCAGCAGAGAUAGCCUUGAUCUGUGGAAACCAAAAGGAGGCUGAAAACAUACUUCUCCAGAAUAAAUUGUGGUUUCGUGCAAUUAUGAUGAACAUUGGCCUUCACCAGUGGGAACGCGCAUUGAAUCUAGCCAUCAAAUACAACUCCCACAUUGACACUGUGCUCGCUCACCGAAAGCUUUCCUUGGAACGACUUGGAAAGAAAGAAUCGAGUGCCCUUUUCGAAAAGUACAAUAAAGAG